AUGGCCGACGAGGAGGAGCGCAUCAAAGCCGAGAAGCUGGCUGCGGCCAAGAAAAGAGUGGCCCAGCUCCAGAAACAAAAGAAAAAGGCCAACAAGAAAGCCUCACCAUCCACAGACGAUGGUGCAAAGACCGCCGAGGCUUCCAACGAGCCUGAAGCCGAGGCCGAGGCUGCUGCGGAAACAACAGAGGAACCUCUAGUAGACAGCCCCGCCGAGGAGAAACAGGAAGACACGUCUGCAACCACAGAAACACCAGCCGAGUCUGCACCGGUGCCAGAGCCAGAAAUCAAGGAGGAGGAAUCGAACAAACAGCAAGAUGCUACUACGGAAUCCCCUGUCGAGCCCAUGCCCCCGGCACCUACCUCUCCCGAUCCCGAGGCCGAAGCGCAACCUGCUCGUCUUGAUACACCUCGAGCAGGGCAUGGUCGCCAGCCAUCGCUAUCUAUCCAGUCGAAGAUGCGCUCAUCAUCUUUCCGUAAGACAUCCGUCUCGCAAGGAAGCCAUUCUCCUUCGCCAGCGCUCAAAUCACCCCCCGGAUCUCUGCCGCCCUUAACUGGGGACGGAGACUCUGUGCAUGAGGUAUUCCGUAAACAGUCGACGCGCAUUGAGGAACUAGAGAAAGAGAACAAAUGGUUUGAGAAGGAAUUAGGUGACGCGACGACACGCUGGCGCAAGACAGAGGAUCAGUUGGAGGACCUCCGAGAAGCUAAUGUUGAUGGCGCGGAAUUGAGGGAGAAAUUGAAGGAGGCGGAGGAGAAAGUCGCCAGCAUAGAGACCUUGAAAGAGGAAAUUGCCUCGCUUCAACGACAAAACUCACAGCUUCAAUCACGAUCACAUCGCAACAAUAGUACGCCGGGGCAGUCAGAGUCACCGCCAGCCGACCUUGUGCGCCAGCUAGAGUCUAAAUCGGCUACCAUUGAAGAAAUGGAAUUAGAGAUUUCUAAUUUGCGCGCUCAAAUCAAUUCCCAGUCAUCUUCGAACAAUGCACACGAGACCCAGAUAGUGGCAUUGGAGGAGAAGGUGUCCAAAUCACAGGCUGCACUUGAGAAAUCCCAGCGUGAACUGGCCGACUCGAAGCAGGCAUUGACAAGAGCUUCAGAGAAAGCUGUGAAAGAAGGAGUUGAUAAGACUUCUACAGAGGCUUUGAUCAAGAGCCUGCAGCGCGAGAUUGAAGAUCAUAAGAAUGAGAAAACAGAGGCAGAAAAGAAGAUUGAAACACUGGACAAGAAACUCCAGGCAAUGGGCAAUCUGCACAAAGAAUCAGAAACCCGCCACCAAACCCGGCUCCGCGAAACUGAGAAAUCAGAUAAAGAGACAGCCGUACUGCGCAAGAAACUCGCGAGCAUCGAGAACGAGAACCUCCGCCUUCGCGAAGAGCGUGAUCGCAUGCGCAAACAAAACGCCGGAGGUGCAGACGACGACGCUAUCGACGAACUGGAAGAUGAAGAGCGCCAACGUCUGGAGCGCCGUAUCCGCGAACUAGAAGGAGAAGUAUUUGACCUCCGCCGUGGUGUAUGGGAAGAGAAACGUCAAGAAUUAGCGGGUCAACCAUUCGAAGAGAACCCCGAGUACCCAGCAGGCGAUACAGCCGCCAAUGCCUUUGACGACGUCGAUCUCGUUGGCGGUCGCCCAGACCACGCUCGCCGUCGCAGCAUGGCGCAUCAGCAACAACACUCCUCUUUCUCGACAGUCCUAUCUAGUGGCUUCGCUGCAUUCACAGGCAGUGGCAAUAAUCCCAAUCGCGCCCGCGCUGGCUCCUCAAACCCACCUCAUCCCAACGUUCCUGGUACACGGGGCAGUCUUGAACUUCUAUCUGAAGAGAACCUCGAUGAUGAGUUUGAUGAGACUGAGUUCCGGCGCGCACAGGCUGAAGAAGAGGGCCGUCAGCGUGUUCAAUGGGUCCGUGAUAUUAAGGGUAAGUUGCGCGACUGGAAUGGGUGGCGCCUGGAUCUAGUUGAUAGUCGUGCUGGUGCCGAGGGAGCUGGUGUGGGGAUGGGAGAGAUUUUUGAAGUUUAG